CUAAUCAUCUGUUUUUUUGGGAACCGGACGUAGAAGGGUGGGUUUCUCAUGUAGCGCUGCUUGGCUUCGUGUUACCGCCGCGGUUUGGAGCUACUCUGAACUGCCCAGCUGGGGAUCAUCGGCCUGGCUAGCGCUUCGCUCAGGAAGAUUCCGCAUUCGGAGCUAUGACUCAUCUCACCGUUAAGAGUCUUCGCGAGAUGAAGGUCAUUUCUGCCAGCCCUGGAAAAGUUGUCUGUGAAAUGAAAGUUGAAGAACAGCACACAAACAGAGGAGGAACAUUGCAUGGAGGCCUGACAGCAACUCUAGUAGACAUUGUGUCAACAGCUGCUUUACUGCAUACGGAAAGAGGAGCACCCGGCGUCAGUGUGGACAUGAACAUUUCGUACAUGUCAUCAGCUAAGAUUGGAGAGGAGAUUCUGAUCACUGCUGAGGUUCUGAAGCAAGGAAAAACUCUGGGUUUUGCCAACGUGAAUUUAACAAAUAAGGCAACGGGAAGAUUGAUAGCUCAAGGAAGGCACACCAAGUACCUGGGACAUUAGUCAGAAAAAAAUUAAAAUCUUGGGAAGUCUGAGAAUGCACAAUGGAAGAGCUGUGUUGCAAGAAGUUUCAAAAAUUGAAGUGCAGCCAUUGGGCAGUGAAGUAACAUCACUGUUCUGUUGUUUAAAUUAAAUUGUUGGCCCAAGGUCAGACUUAUGGGUGUAUAAAUAUGAAUACUCAUGUCUGUCCAUGAAUUUAUAUUUACACACAUGUCAACCAUGUCUAGGAUAGAUGGGUUAGGUUUGCCUUUUAUUUGUUGGUGGAAUUUACAUGUAAGUAAAUGUUUCUCCUGCUAGAAAAAAAGUAUGGUGGAGCUAAUAUAAGUGUGAAUCUUGAAGCACUGAAGAGACGAUGCAAAGAAGAUGGGGUUUUUCUACUAAAGCUUAAAGUUCCCUUUGAGUCUCGGUUGUGCAAGGUACAGAUGAUGACAGCUUCUAAGCACAGGGUUGAAUCAAGCGGAGAAGAGAGGCUGUUUUCCCAGAUGUGAUUCUUCCCCUGCAGCUCUAGGGGAAACAAAAUACUCAGUGAAGUGGUUUUGCAUCCUUGGAAAAAGCAUAUGAGGUGGCGUUGGGAGCUGCAGGUAGAGGGGAGGGUUUUCAGAAAGGUAGCAUGGGAUUCAGCCCACUAUGUUUACAGGGGCUCCAGGUGUCUUUUAUAUUGCUUUCUUUCAAGCCAUGAGGUUUACCUGCUUCCUGAGUGUAUUUUUCUGAAUCCAGUGUUGAAUGAGUAUCCACCUAAUAAAGCAGGGUGAAAGCCCAAAACCUCAUAAAUGGUAGUAUUCUUUCCAAGGGGAUUUUUUUCACUAAAGGGUACUGAGUAGGAUGAGAAAAUUUGCUGUUAUUCAAUAAAAUUUGGAUUUAGAAAUUUUUAA